AUGAGCAUGUCUAGCUCGUCGCCGGAUCUCGGUCAUCACCGCGAUGGCGAGAAUGCCCCGUUCCUCCCAACGCAGACAAGUGACCCGCUCGCACCGGAUCAAUCCGAGUAUAGCGAAGGUUCAGACUCGGAAUGGUCGAAAGGCACUCGUCUUCGGCUGUUGAUCACAUUGAUCGUGAUAUUGUUAUCUUUUGAGAUUGGUGGCCAGAUGAUUCCCGGUCCUAUGGUGCGGGUGAUCGAGACCAUCGCUUGCGAUAAAUACUGGCGUCGCCACAACCCAGCUCGGCUGCCAUUGACAGGUCAUCUUCCUGAACACUUGUGUAAAAUAACAGCAGUGCAGACAGAAGUUGCCACUGUCAAAGGAUAUUCCGACCUGUUCGAGGGCUUAUUAUGUGCUAUCUGCUCCAUCCCAUAUGGAAUCCUGGCAGAUAGAUAUGGUCGCCGGCGAGCUAUCCGCCUCACUAUUCCUGGAUUUGUACUCAACGCACUAAUCACCAACUCCGUCUUGUGGUUCUCUGAUGCGCUGCCUCUCCGGGCUAUCUGGCUUGCCUCUUUCAGUUGGAUCCACUGA